GUUGUGCCUGCAGCUGUAGGAGAGCUGCGGUACUUCCGGCCGUUAUAGUGUCUGUGGUCUCCGGGAGACGAGCGGGUGAGCUGAUGGAGCAGGGACGUAGACUGCCAGAUUGUACUGGGUGGAGCAGGAUAUUUUCCAACAACAUGACCACAGGGGAUGUGAAGGGAGUCCUCCGAAAACUGGAACAGAAACUAAGGUUACUGAAUUAUCCCAGGGAUGUCGACUACUCGGGGUUGGUGAAAGGAGACCCAGCGGCCGCGCUGCCAAUCAUCAGCUACACGUUCACUGCUUAUUCAACAUGGAUUGCGGAGAUAUUAGUGUCACUAGACAUCGAGCUUUCUGCGAAGAGCGACCUGAGAUUUAUUGACGCAGUUUACAAGGUUCUCCGAGAUGUCUUCCAUUACAAGCCUGUUUUAACAAAGCAGCAAUUUCUUCAGUGUGGAUUUUCAGAGAGGAGAAUGCAGACAGUUUGUGACAUCAUUGAUUGUGUAGUCAAGAAACACAAGGAAAUCGCAAAUCAAAGCAAGGCUAAAUUGCAGCCGGUGAAGAGAACGGCCCGUAUAAAAGAUAAAUGUGAAGCUUUUUAUCCUGAAGAGACUUGUGCGCAGCCAUCAGUAAAGCCUGAAACGGUAAAUCAGAAAAAAAUCAUUGUGGAGCGUCAUACAGGUACCAACCUUCCCCCAUCUACUCUGCCCGUAGCCAGUGGUCAAUUUGUGUCAUCAACAGAAGAAGAACUUUCUACCUCCGAUUCUGAAGCUGAGGAACCAUCUAUGAAUGAGGUGACAAAGGACACACAGAUAGAUUUAUUAAAGGCCCAGCUUGCCGAAUGUCAAGAGAAACUUUCACGGAUUGACUGGAUGGAGGACAGACUUCAGGCGCUGGAGACCAGUAUGAAAGGGAAAAUAAUCAUUGAUGAAACGGACUGGAAUAACCUUCUCAGCCGGGUUCUCCUCCUGGAAACAGAUCGCUUGUUGCAGUUAAAAAAGAGAGACUUGACAUCUGAGUUCACGUCUAUUAGUGAGGAGCGUACAUCAAGCAGAAUGACAAGUGAGUUACCGCCUGGUCUCCACAUCAAGGCAGAUCUCCCAGAAAACAAUCAUCAGUCGUCUGGAUACAGUUCUCUGCCGUCUGCAGGAUCCUCUCCUGCAGCUAUUGACUUGAAUUAUAGCAACUCGACGGAAGAUUCCCAGGAGAGCACAAAACAAAGAAUGGACAGAUUAACGAAAAUGUUGGAAGAGACCUCCAAACUUCUGAAGUUUUCAAAUAGCUCCUAGCAUUGUGGACUUUUUUAUUCUUGGAUGAUGUACAUGCUUUUUUGUUUGGAAAUAUGUAAAAUAAAGUAUUUUUCUAAGUAGUAACACCAUUCCUCUUGUGGCGUUUUUAUGUCUCGGUAUCACAUAUCAGGUCAUAGUUUGCAUCCCGCUCACGUAGAACCCUGCUCUGAUUUUUAUUAUUCAUGCAUGUUGACAACUGGCCAUCUGUCCUUCUGUGGUGGUUGUAAUGAGAAAAAAAGUGAGAGUUCUACGCCUUAAAUUGAAACCUAGCUUGAAACGUAUUGAAAAAUGAUUAAAUAUCCUGUGCAUGUUAUUUUCUCACCUUGCCCAUAUGUUGCACAGCUUUUAUUACGUCUUCAUAUAUGUAUUAUUAGAGAUGGAGCAGAGAAUUACACGUAUCACAAUAUAGAUAGAAGUAGCUUGUGUAUUAACCCCUUAGUGACCACUAAUACGCCUUUUUACUGACGUAAGUUUUUUUUUUUUUUUUU